AUGGGUCGCGUUCAACAAAUCAACCAAGACUCCGAGUUUGCUCCUGCCAUCACCGGCGCUGGCUCCAAGCUGGUCGUCGUCGACUUUUUCGCAACCUGGUGCGGUCCUUGCGUUCGCAUUGCUCCGUUCGUCGACUCGCUCUCGACCAAGUACCCCAACGCAGUCUUCCUCAAGGUCGACGUCGACAAGUGCAAGUCUGUCGCGCAAGCAUGCGGAAUCCGAGCCAUGCCCACGUUCCAGUUCUUCAAGAACGGAGCCAAGAUCGACGACAUGACCGGCGCAGACCCCGCUGGGCUGGAGCGCAAGGUCCAGGCACACAUUGGCUCGGGCGGCUCGAGCUUUGAGGGCGCUGGUCACGUUCUUGGCGGCGCCUCUUCGUCUGGCCAGGCUGGUGCGGCUGCUGCUACCAAGAGCCCUGUUCCUGGCUUUUACUCUCUUGCUCCUGUCAUUCCCACGAACGGAGUUCAAAUCUUGAAUGCCCUGGGCUCCGAAUACCACGCCAUCCUCGACGACAACGAGACAGCCAUUGAGAGCGAUGCCGAUCAACAGCUCAUCAUUUCCCUCCGCUUCAACCAAGGAGUGAACGUGCACUCGCUCCAGUUCAAGGCUCCGGCGGACGGCCGUGCGCCCAAGACCAUCCGGCUGUAUGCGAAUCGACUCGCAGCCCUGAGCUUUGACGACACUGACAGCGCCCCACCCAGGCGAGCAAAGAGCAGCUCGUCACCCUUCCAUCUUCGUCAAGAGCAACUGAAGCUCAUUGGCGCCACUGUGCGCGGGAGCGACUUGAGCAAGCUUGCAGAGACGGAUCAUGACCACAAGCAUUAA